AAACAACAAAGAAAGGUCUGGUUUGGCUGUAUUCUAUUGGGACACAUAAAACAUAUUUGUCUUGGAAUCUCAGGAAUUUGGGGAUGCAUAUAUUAUAUUGAUACUGUGACGACAUGGAUUCUAUAUUAUCCACUUAAAUUUUGAUAUUUUGAUGUGCAACGAUGCUUUUCCAUUGAUAAUCGAAUCUACUGGACUAUUUGAAGCAAAACUUGGAGCCCAAUUUCUUAUUUAAGAAGUGAUUACACGUGACAGCAGCCAUGCUCAAACAAAUAUUAGCUGAUAUGUACAUUGAUCCAGACCUCCUGGCAGAACUCAGUGAAGAACAGAAACAGAUCUUGUUCUUUAAGAUGAGGGAAGAACAAGUAAGAAGAUGGAAAGAAAAAGAAGCAACAUGCGAACAAAAUACAAAAUUAUAUCAAAGUCACAAGCCAAAAAAAAAUUCUCAGAAAACUGUACAUUGGAAAUUUGGCUCAGACCAGGAAGUCUGGGUCUGGGUAAUGGGCGAACAUUCAAAAGACAAACCGUAUGAUAUCAUCUGUGAUGAAAUUAUCGAAGAACGUGCACGAAAGCAAGCAGAGAGAGAAGCUGAGGAAAGAAGGAAAGUACAAGAGGAAGAGUUAUCCAAACUGUCUGAGGCCCUGAAGCUCGCACAGAGGGAAACAGUGGAGACAUGGAAGCAAAAUGUUGAAAACAAGAAAACUGCCAAAGAAGAAACCACAACCACAGAGCAAAAGAUAAUAAAUGAUGAGGCACAUCAGUCCAUCACAGAAACACCAAAAACAAGAACUAUUCAAGAUAUACUGCUAGAAUCUAAUACAAGACACUCUAAAAAGUGUGGGGUGCAGCAGAAAAAAACUGUUAUAUUGGGGCCUCAAGAAAAAGAAAAAUUAGAAGAAAGGACUCAGGAAAUUUACAUGAAUUGGAAAGAAGCUCAAGAAGUCAAGCAAAAACUGGAAAAGGAGGAUUCUGAAUGGCAAGAAACUUUGAGAAAGUCAAAGGCAGCUGACGAGAGGAGGCGAUCUAUGGCUAAGCAGGCUCGAGAUGAUUACAAGAGAUUGUCAAUGCAGGCCAUUGAAAGAGGCACUGUUGCAGAAAAAGCCAAAAAUUUUGGGGGUGAAAUAAAACGCCCCCCUCUACCACCAAAACCAAGACCAGCUAAAACAAUAGAUAGCAACUCCGGAAUAAACAGAUCAGAGAGGAGGCAGGGCAUAAGAAGAGUAAACUCCAGCAGCACUCGUGAGAAUAUAAUCAAAUGGUUUAAAGAAGAGCAGCUUCCUCUGCAGGCAGGAUGGGACAGAAGUGGAACCUGCAUGGCACCUUGGUUUCAUGGUAUUAUAUCUAGAGCUGAGUCAGAGGACUUAUUAAAGAACCAAGUACCAGGAAGCUUUCUGCUCCGCGUAAGUGAAAAGAUCCACGGCUACGUUCUCUCCUACCGCUCUAAAGACGGAUACAUGCACUUUCUCAUAGAUGCUUCUGGCACAUCAUAUUUUUUAUUGGGAGUAGAUCAGAUUCAGUAUGGCACUCUGGCUGACCUUGUUGAGUACCACAAGACAGAACCUAUAACAUCACUGGGAAAGGAGCUUCUACUGUACCCUUGUGGCCAGCUGAAGAACAGUUGUGAUUACAGUGACCUCAUUGAGUGAAGAGCUGGACUUUUACGCUAAUGAUUCACUGCCUAGAACAAAUUAAUUCAUUUAUGCACCUUGUCAUCUCUACAGCUUUGUACAGAAACAGGUCACGAAAUUAUGGUGCUUGUAAAAGGAAUCCGAAGCUCAUCUGGGAAAUAUGUGAAAAAUCAAUUUGUAGUGAGGUUGAAAAAUAUGUACAUAAAAUUUGAAGACUUUAUUACAACAGGUCCUUGAGGCUUGGUAAAAUUAACACUAAAAGUUACAGAGUCGUAUAUUGUGUACGUUAGCCACUGUGCUUUUUUUAAAUAUGAACUAGAGAUGAGCGAAUUUCAUAUUUU